AAAAAAGUCACUACUUUGAAGAUCUGUAGAGAUCGUAGGCCAAAUCUUUGAUGUCCAAAAGUCAUCUGAUUCCUGGAUUCAAUUUUUCGGAUAGAAUCAGAGAAACUCAUGCAUCAAAGUCUCUGUUCCCCUCAGCUGCCCUAGUUCAUCAGGUUCGAAAGAUGUCGGAAAAGAGCAUGCUUUCCUCAAAACUCCUCUUUUACACGAUAACUCUCUCCACGCUACUCUUCAUCGUCUCUUCUCUCUUCUUCCUCCAACGCAACGACUCUUCUUUCACUUCAAGCCUUGUCCGCAAGCUGAUUCUCCCAAGAACAGACAUCAAGAACGACCAAACCGAUGCUAAACCGGUCUCAUGUGGUGUGUUAAAGGUAUUCAUGUACGAUCUCCCCUCCGAGUUUCACUUCGGACUAUUAAACUGGCGCAAGAAAGGAUCAGAGACUUGGCCUAGUGUCAGAAACGUUAGCACGGUCCCAUCUUAUCCUGGUGGGUUGAAUCGUCAACACAGUGUAGAGUAUUGGCUUACACUUGACUUAUUAGCUUCAGAGACACCUGAGGUUAAGAGACCAUGUAAUGCAAUCAGAGUGAAGAGUUCGAAAGAAGCUGACGUUGUCUUCGUGCCUUUCUUCUCAUCGUUGAGUUACAAUAGAAAGUCUAAGAUCAGUGGCAACGAGACCGUUAGUGUUGAUAGAUUGUUGCAGGAGAGAUUGGUUGAGUUCUUGAAAAGUCGUGACGAGUGGAAAAGAUUUGAUGGGAGAGAUCAUUUGAUAGUAGCUCACCAUCCGAAUAGUUUGCUCUAUGCAAGAAACUCGCUUGGUUCUGCAAUGUUUGUUCUCUCGGACUUUGGUAGGUAUCCUUCCUCCGUUGCUAAUCUUGAGAAAGAUGUCAUUGCUCCUUAUGUGCAUGUUGUUAAGACUGUGAAUAGCAAUGAGUCUGCUCCGUUUGAGAAGCGUCCUGUUUUGGCGUACUUCCAAGGAGCUAUCUACAGAAAAGAUGGUGGGACUAUUCGCCAAGAACUGUAUAACCUUCUUAAAGAUGAGAAAGACAUUCAUUUUGCAUUUGGAACCGUAAGAGGCAACGGGACUAAACAAACCGGUAAAGGCAUGGCUUCCUCCAAGUUUUGUCUCAAUAUUGCAGGUGACACGCCUUCCUCCAACCGUCUUUUCGACUCCAUCGUUAGCCAUUGUGUUCCGGUCAUCAUCAGUGAUCAGAUUGAGCUUCCAUUUGAGGAUACACUAGACUAUUCUGGUUUCUCGGUGUUUGUUCACUCUUCUGAAGCUGUGAAGAAAGGGCUCUUGGUGAAUCUCCUCAGAGGGAUAACAGAGGAUCAGUGGAAGAAGAAAUGGGAGAGACUAAAAGAAGUUGCUAGGUACUUUGAGUAUCGGUUUCCUUCGCAGCCUGGAGACUCUGUGGAUAUGAUUUGGUCGAUGGUUUCUCAUAAGCUUUCUUCACUUCAGUUUCAUGUUCAUAGGAAGAAUAGGUAUCGUAGAUCUGAAGCUUUUGAGAGAAGUUUAUCAACUUGAGAUCAUAUAUGUGAAAGAUACUAUUUGAAGUAGACACGUCUUGGUUCAAACAUGAUUCAAUCUAAGCUCGCACUCUGCCAUUUUGUUUGUGGCAAUCUUCAAACUAUGCCUUAGAAAGUUUAAGAAGAAACGAGCAUAGAUGUAAAUGAUGAACAAGACCAUUGUAAAAUAAUCACAGAUUCAUAUGAACAUUAAAAAGUUUUAAAC